CCCUUUCUUUCGUCUUCAUCCUCAUCCUCUGCCAAUUUCAUCAUCUCAAUCUUCUUCAUCUCACCCCCCCCCCCUUUUAAAUAUUAUUAUUAAUCCCUUCUUUACAUGUGAUUCAUGAUCUUUAAAAUAAAAUUUACAAAACAAACAAAAAGAAACAAGAACAGAGGAGGUUUGAUCGGUUUGAUAAUUAAGAGUCAAUAAUUCGUUUCUAAUACCUUUUUUUUCUUUAAUUUUAUAGGAUUUCGGUUGUUGGUUUUUGUGUUUUAUAACCGAAAUUCAAAUGGGGUGUUUGUAAUGUCGGUAAUUUAGGGUUUUUGGUUUUAGAUUGUUGAUCUUUGAUUAUGUUAUAAAAAGAUUUGAAAUUUAUAGAGUUUUUGUAAAAAAGAUUGAAACUUGUUAUUGGGUUUUGAAUUUUACGGAAUAUGGCGGUUUCUUUUUAGUAUUUGGUUUUGUUUUGUUAGAAAAAGAUUUAAAUUUUAUAGACUUUUUGUAAAAAAGAUUGAAACUUGUUAUUGGGUUUUGAAUUUUCCGGAUUAUUUUGGUUUUUUUUUUGAGUAAUUGGUUGUUGAUAAUUUGUUUUGAUAGAAAAAGAUUUAAAAUUUAUAGACUUUUUGUAAAAAAGAUUGAAACUUGUUAUUGGGUUUUGAAUUUUCCGGAUUAUUUUGGUUUUUUUGAGUAAUUGGUUGUUGAUAAUUUGUUUUGAUAGAAAAAGAUUUAAAAUUUAUAGACUUUGUAAAAAAAAAAAAAGAUUGAAAUUGGUGGAGGAUGGAUUGCAGAGUGUACCCUGAAACAGGGGACCCAUGGUUGAUGAUGGGUGGUGGUGGGUCCGGUGGUGGUGGUGGUGGUGGUGGUGUAGGGGGGAGGAUGUUGGGUGGAUCUUUUAGCCAUGAAAGUGAACAUGAUUUGGCAGCAAUGGUUAGUGAUUUCUUGGAGAAUGGGAGUAGCUGUGGUGGCGAUUCGCGGUGCAGUAGCGACAGCGAUUCGAGUUUCUGUGAACUUGCCCAUCUCGCCGACAAGAUUUCGUGCUACAAAGGUUUGCAGGAUCAACACGGGAUUGACAUGCUAUCAGUGGUUAACUCUCUCAUCUUAUCGAUCAAUUGCAUGGACCUUGAAUUUAUGAAAUGUUGUUCAUGUAAUAGUAGUUGCAUUAGGUUCUAUCUUGUCAAACUUCUGAGGCUUUCGGGUUAUGAUGCUGCUGUAUGCACAUCAAGGUGGCAGGGCACCGGCAAAGUUCCCGGAGGGGAUCAUGAAUACAUCGACAUUAUAAACUACAACGAUUCUGGAAACUCCGACCGUUUAAUCAUCGACAUCGACUUCAGAAGCCACUUCGAGAUAGCUCGAGCCGUACCAUCCUACAACCGGAUAUUAAACUCGCUUCCCGUCGUUUACGUCGGAUCAUUAACAAAACUAAAUCAAUUUCUCCAAGUAAUGGCGGAAGCCGCCAAAUCUUCCCUCAAACAAAACUCGAUGCCGCUACCUCCAUGGAGAUCGCUCGCAUAUCUGCAAUCGAAAUGGCACUCUCCUUAUCAACGACAAAUCCACCCGGAACCCGAACCUGUUUCCGACCCGUUUGUUUCUCAGCACAAACUCUGUGCUGGACACCUGAACCGGGUCAAGUCUUUGAUCCAGUUCGAGAUGGAAACGGAUAGGGGUCAUUUAAAGAAGCCCGCGAGUCGAGCGAAGGUGGAUAGGUGGAGGAUACGAACACCUUGAGAUGUAAAGAACGUUACACGCUUAAAAUAAUAAGGUAAUUAAUAAUUUAAAGUUUUAAACCUCUCGAGAUCGAUGCUUUUUUCUGGCCGUCGAAAGUCGUGAUGAGGUUGUAUACUUAGCACCUGAAGAAAUUUGCUGGCUUGAUUUUUUUUUUUUUUUUUUUUUUUUUUUAAUGUGUUAUAGAGGUUUUUGAGAGUUUGUUUGUUUCAUCUUUUGAUGAUGAUCUGAUCCUCAGUGUUUUGUUAUGUGGAUCUGAUGGAGUUUUGGUUUGUUUUUUAGUUUGGAAUUUGUUGAGUUGUUGUUAUAAGAGGUUGGUUGGACAAUGUUAUAUUUAUUAAUUUACA